AAUUAAAUUAAAUACAUAAUUAUAUGAAAAUUGCAGCUAUGCUGAAGUCCUUAUCAAAUAAAAAUUAUUUUUCUCAAUCAUUGGCUAGAUAUGUAUUCUUAUUGGUUCAUGAAAAAAUUUAUAGUUUUUCAUGUAGUGAAAAUCAUAAUAAUUUGAUCAACAUUUUGGAUAAUCAGAUUCGAUGCAAGUCUUACAAUCGCUUUCUAGACUAUUCAAAAGUACCUACACUUAAUGAGAAUGAUUUGGAAGAACAAUUUGUAAGAGGUUCUGGUCCUGGUGGUCAAGCGACUAACAAAACAUCAAAUGCAGUAGUUUUAAAACACAAACCUACUGGACUAGUUGUGAAAUGCCAUGAAACCAGAAGUUUGUUACAAAAUAGAAAAAUUGCCAGGGACAAUAUGAUCACAAAAUUGGAUCUUUUUAUCAAUCGUGAGGAUUCUAUUAAAAAUCAAGAAGAACAGUUUAAAAAAAGGGAUUCCAUAAAGAAGAAACAAAAGCAAAAAAAAUUAGCAGAUUUAAAGAAAUCGUUUAAAGAACGUGAAAAUUUUAAAUAA